CUUGCAUGUCCUUUUUUCUUGUUUAUUGUGUUUGUUGAAUGAUAAAUCACCAGUAUAAACACUUGCAUCUCAUUUCUUCCUAUGGGGGUGCACAAUGUGUUUGUGUUUCACCUGGCUUUCACUGUGGCCCUUGGAGUAUCUCAGUCUCCAUAUGACUGCACCUUUGAAAGUAGCUACUGCUCGUGGACAAGAUAUUUCUGAUACUUUGAGCUGGAAUCGUGUCCAAGGAGCAACUGAAAAUUUUACCACAAGACCUGUAACAGACCAUACAUCUGGGAGUAGCAAUGGAUGGUACAUUUAUGUUGAGACAUUAGAAGACAGCAAUGGCAAAGCAGAUCUCACAUCUGCACAAAUACCAGCCAAUUCACCUUACUGUCUAGAGUUCUGGUAUUACAUGUAUGGUGCUCAUGUUGACCAACUCAACAUCUACAUUCGUCAGAGAGAUGGCAGUCUUGGUGAACUUCUGUGGACCAAAAGCCAGUCUCAAGGCAACCAGUGGCAUUAUGGACAGGUUGAGAUAGCCUCUUCUUCCAGUCCUUUUCGUAUAGUGUUUGAGGCUGUCCAUGGUCUCUUCUUUCUAGGAGACAUUGGAUUAGAUGAUAUCAAAGCUGUGGCAGGCAGCUGUGUUGAUACAAAUGGUUUGAUUUGUGACUUUGAGGAUGGGCUGUGUGGGUGGAACCAGACUACAGAAGAUGAUUUUGACUGGACCCUACAUUCUGGUCUGACAAGCACUACAGAUACUGGACCUUCCAAUGACCAUACUCUGGGUACUUCAGCAGGUCACUACCUCUACAUUGAAACUAGUGCCCCUCAACAUCCAGGACAAAAGGCUCACCUAGUCAGUUCCCAGGUCACUCAGACAACACCUCAGUGUCUAAAAUUUUUCUACAAUCUCCAUGGUAACAACAUUGGUGCCUUGAAUAUCUAUGUCAUGACUGGUUUUCAUUUGUCAAGCAAUGAUGCACCAGUGUGGUCAAAGAGAGACAACCUGGGAGAUAUCUGGGUCCCAGGUCAAACAACCAUUCAGGGAUCUUCCCCCUACGAGAUUGUGUUUGAGGGAGUAGUUGGUGCUGGUGAUCUUGGGGAUAUUGCUAUUGAUGAUAUUAUGCUGCAGAAUGGCAGCUGUUCUCAUGCAGCUAACAAUGACUUUGAGCAUGGCUUUGGAGCAUGGACUAAUCCAAGUAUGGGUGAUCACGCUGACUGGAUAAUAGGACAAGGUUCAACUGACGCUGCUUUCCAUGUGCCCAGCACAGAUCACACAUUGGGGACGUCGCAAGGACACUAUGCUUUCAUUGAAACCUCAGUCCCUGGAUGGUAUGGGGACACUGCUUGGCUUCAAAGCCCUGUCAUGGAACCUUCUGCAGCUCUCUGCAUGUCUUUUUGGUUUGUAUUGUAUGAGGAAGAUGUUGAUUAUUAUCUCAACAUUUGGAUAUACCCCACUACGGCAACAAUGAAUUCUGCUACACAUGUUUGGUCACUUUUUACUGACCAUGGGCAGGGAUGGAAUUCAGGCCAAGCUGGCUUUUCCAGCAGUCAACCAUUUUAUGUCGUAAUUGAAGCAGUGAAAGGUUAUGCAAAAGCUGCCAUUGCUAUAGAUGACAUCACCUUUACAGAAUUUCCCUGUGGUGUGUCUCCAUUAGAAGCUGAUGCUGGCUAUAUCCCAACAUACAGCACAGUUCCUCCAGAUGCCUUAACUACAUCAGCACCAUCCCCCUAUGAUUGUGACUUUGAGAAAAACUUCUGCCAGUGGACUCAGGACUCCUCAGAUGACUUGGACUGGACACGAAAUGGGGGCCCAACUUCAUCUCAGUUUAUGGGACCAUUAUUUGACCAUUCCAUUGGAAACUCAACUGGUCAUUAUAUCUACAUUGAGACAUCUGAACCUCGCCACCCCAAUGAUUCUGCUCGCUUGCUAUCUCCACAACUGACCAUCAGUCCACAAGGAGCUUGUCUGCGGUUCUGGUAUCACAUGUAUGGGCCAUCAAUCAGUAGUCUGAAUGUCUACAUACAAACAGCCAGCAGUCACGUCAAAGCCUGGACACGCACCGGCACACAAAGGAAUCUGUGGUUAUAUGGGGAAGUUCCUAUCACAGGCUAUGCCCAGUGUCAGCUCAUAAUUGAGGCAACCCGUGGGAUCAGCUACAUAGGUGACAUUGCAGUUGAUGAUAUUGGUUAUUCAAACAAAGCAUGCAGUCAUGCAACUACAAGUAGUUCUUGUGACUUUGAAGAUAGCACACUCUGCGGUUUUACACAAGACAAGAAUGAUUCCUUUGAUUGGACAUGGAACAAUGGUGAAACAGUCACUGGCUUUACAGGACCCAGUAGUGAUCACACUGAAGGCACCGCUGCAGGACACUACAUGUACAUCGAGUCCAGUGCUCCACGACAACCAGGUGAUCGUGCCCGUCUUGUCAGUCCUACUUAUCUACCCAGCACUGGCUCUUGCCUCACCUUUUACUACAACAUGUAUGGCCUGACAAUGGGCACGCUGAAGGUCUACCUUGCAGGAAUAGGGCCUGCAGCUCCUUUUCAGAUUCUCUUCCAAACUUCAGGAAAUCAGGGCAAGAACUGGCUGAUGGCUGAAGCAGAGGUUGAGUGCCCAACCAAUUUUAAUAUCUACUUUGAUGGCAUUGUGGGCAGUAAAUAUUACAGUGACCUAGCUGUUGAUGAUAUUACUCUGCAUGCUGGGAGCUGCCAGGGAGAUGGUGCCUGUGACUUUGAAAGUGGACUCUGCACUUGGGUAAAUAUGAGAGAUAUUGACCAGUUUGACUGGCUGAUUGGACAAGGACAAAUAGGUGGCCCUUUCACAGGACCAGACUCAGACCAUACUAGAUUGAAUGAAGAAGGGCACUACCUGUUCAUUGAAGCCAGCAGACCACAGCUGCCUGGACAGAUGGCUAUUAUCCAGAGCCAGAUAUUUGAUGCCACGUCCAGCCGUUGUAUUACCUUCUGGUACCAUAUGAAAGGCAAUGGGAUUGGCACACUUUCUGUAGUCUUAUUUAUGACACGCAGUAACUCGUCCACCACUCUCUGGUCUUUGUCAGACAAUCAGCAAGACCAAUGGCUCUUUGCCACAGCACCCAUCAACAGUCAUGCUGAGCGCUAUCAGUUACAGAUCAAAGGAACAGUGGGCUCAAACUUUCUAGGAGACAUUGCCAUUGAUGAUAUUAUCUUCAAGCCAAGCACUUGUACAGUAAGUCCACAAAAUGCAGACCCUUCCACACAGACGACAGUGACUGCUUCACCCACAUCCAGAAGUACCCCUGCCUUUAUCUCAGCUCCCACAGUCUAUGACUGCAACUUUGAAAGAGACACCUGCAAAUGGCAACAGAGUGUUGAUAACAUUAUUAACUGGACUCGCACUCAAGGUCCCUAUGGGUCCCAGUCAGCUGGACCUAUCAGUGACCACACUCUUGGAACAGGUCAAGGAUGGUAUAUGUUUAUUGCACCAUCAGAUACCUAUCACCAGAAUGAUACAGCACGCUUAGUGAGUCCCCAGAUCAGAGACAACACCCCACGCUGUCUUUCCUUCUAUUAUCACAUGUUUGGAGCCAAUGUCAAUCUGCUUAAUGUCUACACGAAAUCUUUAGGACAGUUGGGCCCUGGAAAUCUUGUCUGGCAAAGGCAGGGAACUCAGGGGCUCCAGUGGCUUCAUGCUAUGAUAGAGCUCAAGUACACUGUUCCAUAUCAGAUAAUCUUUGAAGGUGUUCCUGGAAAAGGUUUUUCUGGUGACAUUUCUGUGGAUGAUGUUGCUGUUCCAGUAGGAUCAUGCAUGGAGAUUGUUGCAAAAAAUGCUACAUCUUUCACAUGUGACUUUGAGUCCAGUUUACAUCCUCUGUGUGACUUCACUCAGGAUACAACAGAUGUCUUUGAUUGGACAUUAAAUAGUGGCAGUACAUCCACCACAGGAACUGGAACCUUUCCUGAUAAUACCUAUGGCACACUUGCUGGACAUUACCUUUACUCUGAAAGUUCUGCACCACGCCAGAAGAAUGAUACUGCACGUCUCAUCAGCAAGGUUUUCAACACUUCUGAUGAUAACCAGCACUGUCUGCGAUUCUAUUACCACAUGCAUGGUGGUGGGAUAGGUACACUCAAUGUCUAUGCCUUAGCUCAGAACGAGAAGCCACUUCCUGUUUGGACUUGUUCUUCUGACCAGGGGAGCCAGUGGAAAGAAGCUGAAGUCACCAUUACUACCAUUCACAUUUUCCAAGUUAUAUUUGAAGGUGUCAUUGGUUCUAAUAACUUAGAAGAUAUUGCAAUUGAUGACAUCUCUGUUUUGGAUGGAGCAUGCCCAAACACAUCAUCCUGCAACUUUGACACAGACCUUUGUCUAUGGACUAAUGUUCAUGAUGGAACAGACAGAUUUGAUUGGUUGCGACUGCAAGGGAGUAGUGAUAGCCAGUAUGUUGGCCCCUAUAUUGACCACACACAAGGUAAAACAAGUGGUUACUACAUCUUCAUGGAUACCAAUCCUUCUCAGAUACCCGGAGACAAUGCUCGUCUUAUAUCUCAGGUGAUUCCUGCAUCUCCUGGACGGGAAUACUGCUUCAGCUUCUGGUUUUAUGUUCAUGGUGAUCGCACGUCAGUAAACUGGAACAAACUCACAAUAUAUAUCCUGGUUAAUGCCUCACAUGACAGUAUGUCUUCAGAAGCAGAUCUCUUAGACAUCACAGGUGACUUUGGAGAUGUGUGGAACUCAGGCCAUGUCAAUAUCUCUACUGUCUACACACAAAAACCCUUCCAAAUCAUCUUGGAGGGCAUAGUGGGACUUGAUUACCGCGGUCAAAUUGCCAUAGAUGAUACUGCCAUUGUUGCAGGUGAUUGUCCCAUGCAACCUGCUUACACAGGAAGAUCAGAAACUAUGAAGGUUUACUGUAAUUUUGAUGACAACUUCUGUUUCUGGAAGCAAAGCACAGUAGAUAAUUUUGAUUGGACAUUAAGCAGUCAGUCUACCCCAGGUAUAGGACCAAGCAGAGACCAUAGUGGCACUGGAGCCUAUAUUUACCUGGAGUCUUCCACACCACAAAAAAUGGGUGACAAAGCAGAUCUUAUCUCAUCUGUCAUGUCUCCUGCUUUUGGACCUUGGUGCUUCUCCUUUUGGUACCACAUGUAUGGGCCAAACAUUGGUAGUUUGUCUGUCUACACUAUCAUCCAUGACCAACAGUCCUUACAAUGGACUCGUUCUGGUACCCAAGGAGACCAGUGGAAGUCAGCCCAGCUUACCAUGAACAGUGUGGUUGAUUUUCAGAUCAUAGUCAGAGGAACUGUAGAUGGCCAGCAAGGGGACAUAGCUCUCGAUGACUUUUUUUACACUAAUGGUGUCUGCCCAGUAUCAGAUGGGAAUGUGUGUGACUUUGAGAGAGAUAUGUGUGGCUACAAACAGCUGGCCUCUCACUUGCAGUGGGUAUAUACUACUCACACAGACCACCCUGGAUUACCUAUGGACCACACCACAGGCUCAGAAACAGGUCACUACAUAACAAUCUCGGGCUCAGAUGGAACAAAUGAUAUAGCAUCAGUGCUAUCACCUACAUAUGCAGUCUCCUCGGGUGAAUGUUUACAGUUCUACUACCACCUUCAUGGCAACAAUGUAGGUUCCUUGAAAGUCCAGGUGCACAUCAAUGCUGGUACAUCUGUAAUCUGGCAAGCCCAGGGUGAGCAAGGUGAUCAGUGGAAGAAGGCUCAGGUCACACUGCAGACCAUCACUAGCUACCAAAUUUCCUUUGAUGGCCAGUUAGGUUCAGGGUCAGGUGAUGUUUCUGUGGAUGACAUCACUAUCCUGCCUUAUCCUUGCCCAUUGCCAGGCUCCUGUGACUUUGAGAGUGGCUUUUGCUCCUUCACUAAUUCUCACACUGAUCAGUUUGAUUGGAUACGUGGUUUUGGAGCUACCACCUCGCAGUUUACUGGACCUAGCACUGACCACACCACUGGCACUACAGAAGGUUACUACAUAUUCAUUGAGAGCAGUAACAACCGCCCUGGUGACAAGGCCCAGCUACUGAGUGAGACUCUAAACCCAACCUUGGCCAGCUGUCUAGUGUUCUUCUACAACAUGAAUGGGGCAGGCAUGGGAUCACUAAGUGUCUAUCAGUCAACAAACUUCAGCCAGAAGCUGAUCUUCACUCAGUCUGGUCAUCAUGGUGAUGCAUGGCUUCAGGGAUCUGCUGAACUUGCCUCUGCCAUGCCUUAUACCAUUAUCUUUGAAGGAAUCAAGGGAGCAAACUACACCAGUGACAUAGCCUUAGAUGACAUUUCUGUUGCACCUGGUUCUUGUUUACAUCAAUCUAGAAGCACAGUUGUGACCACUCCAACACCACUUCCAUCCUUGUCUGGUCUGAGCUGUGACUUUGAGGCUGACUUCUGUCAGUGGACACAAGAUACAAAUGACCAGUUUGACUGGACACGACAGCAUGGUGAAACAUUGACAUCCAACUCAGGCCCCAGCUUUGAUCACACAAAGGGAAAUAUACAAGGUUACUAUGUGUACAUUGAAACCUCCCAGCAUACUGAUAAUGACUCAGCCCGCCUGCGCAGCCCAACCUUUCGAUCCUUAGGGUCAACAUGUGUGACCUUUUGGUACAACAUGUAUGGUGCUGAUGUGAAUCAACUGAACUUGUACCUUGGAACUCCAGGACAGCUUGGUACUCAAGUCUGGACAAAGUCGGGUAACCAGGGCUUUAUGUGGCAAUAUGCUGACAUUGAAAUAGAACCUGUUUUUCCAUCACAGCUUAUAUUUGAGGCUUUCUGUGGAAAAAGAAAUAUGGGAAAUAUAGCACUGGAUGAUAUUGUAAUUUUAAAUGGACCUUGUCCUCCUCAAGGAUUCUGUGAUUUUGAGGAUGCACAGAUGUGUGGUUUUGUGCAAUCUCUUGAUGAUCAGUUUGACUGGAAAUAAUGUCUGGCCAGAAUGUAACUGCAAACUCAGGUCCCACAAAGGAUCACACUUAUGGCACAGCUCAGGGUCACUACAUGUUCAUGGAGUCAGCCAGUCCCCGUGUAACUGAUGAUAAAGCACGAAUACUAAGCAAGCCUUACAAUCCAACGACUGGAAGCUGUCUGUCUUUCUGGUACUAUAUGAAUGGAAAUAGCUAUAUGGUGGGAACAUUAUCUGUGAUCAUUGCUCCUGUGGGCCAGCAAGCCCAACAGCCACUAUGGAGUAGGGCUGGAAGUCAAGGUGGCCAGUGGCUCUUGGCUACUUUCAGUGUUCAAAGUAUAGAGAAAUUUCAGAUAAUGUUUGAAGGUACAGUUGGGGAUUUUCCUUCUGGUGGAGGUAUUGCAUUGGAUGACAUCCAUGUGACCCCAACAGGCUGCCUUGGUCUGGCAGACUGUGAUUUUGAGCAGGGGGGGAUCUGUAGCUGGAUCCAGAGUAAAAAUGACAGCUUGACUGGAUUGUGAACAGUGGGGAGACAGGCUCCUUAAAUACUGGGCCUUCUACUGACCAUACUACUGGUACACAAAG